AUGACAACGAUCGUUCAGCCCAACGACUACAGGGACCUCUUGCGUAUGUUUAACACAAACAUCCAGGGCAAGGUCGUACUUGAGUGUGCCCUUGUCGGAAUUAAGGGGAUUGGGCGCCGCUUUGCCAAUGUUGCCCUCAAGAAAGCCAACAUUGACGUUCACAAACGCGCUGGUGAGCUCACAGCGGCCGAGGAGGAUGCUCUCAUGAAGGUCCUUGAGGACCCCCUCUCCCACGGCAUUCCAGCCUGGAUGCUUAAUCGUAACAAUGAUUUUGAAUCUGGCAAAGACAUGCACAUUCUGGUCAAUACCAUAGCCUCUACCCACCGUGCGGACUUGGAGCGUCUCCGUAAAACUCGCUGCGAGCGCGGUGUCCGCCACCACCACAACCUGAAGGUUCGCGGGCAGCACACAAAGUCCACUGGUCGCCGUGGCCAUGUCGUCGGUGUCCAGCGCAAGAAGAAGUAA